AUGGCCGUCAACUUAGGUUUGGUCAACGGUGAAGUCAGCAACUUGAGAAAGUUUAAGAGAAACGGCGAACCGAUGGAGCACGGCACCAAAUUCGGUCACAAAUGGUACGACACGAGCGCGUUCAAGAACGGCAAGGACAUCGAUUUCGCGUUCACGAGCAAAACUAUCGAGGCGCAAGAGAAGUAA